AUGGACCCUUUUUCCCUUAACUCUCCCGGGUUUGUUAAUCUUUUAGCUUCGCAGAGCAGUCCACCAAUAGACGUAGACUCUGCUGAGGCAGCUGUUAACUCUCCCGGGUUAGUUAAACCAGCGGAAAGGAGAAAGUGGUCAACCAAAGAAGACAUUAUCCUGAUCAGUGCUUGGUUGAAUAUCAGCAAGGAUCCCAUAGUGAGUAAUGAGCAGAAGUUAGGAGCGUUUUGGAACAGAAUAGAGGAGUAUUUCAAUUCAAGUCCUCAGCUCAUUGGCUCCCUUCCUAGAGAGUGGAGUCAAUGUAAGCAGAGGUGGGGAAGGGUGAAUGCGGAGGUGUGCAAGUUUGUGGGAUGCCAUGAAACCGCUUUGAAGGAGCAAGCGAGUGGCGAAAGUGAGAAUGAUGUCAUGAAGGCUGCGCAUAACAUCUUCUUAAAUGACUACCAUGUCAAGUUCACCCUUGAACAUUGCUGGAGGGAACUUAGGUUCGAUCAGAAAUGGAGAUCACACUCUCAGUCCAAGGAGAAAAGGAAGGAAGCUUGUGCGGAUGUGGUGCCUAACGAGAAGAGGUUAGGCCUCCGGGUGUUAAGGUUAGCAAAACAGCCAAACGCAAGAAGCCGAACGAAGCAGCUUUUGAUCAAAUACAGAGCAUUCUAG